UUGAUAAGUAACCCUUGAAUUAGUAACUUCGGCCACACAGAAAAAGCACCAAAGUUUCAUAUGUGGUUGGCUACACCGUGUGGCCGGGGUUAAUUGGUUAGGGAUUACUCAAUCGGUCUGGGUUACUCGGUCAAUGGUUACUUGGUUUGGGGUUACUCGAUCAGUCAGGGGUUACUCGGUUGAUCAGCGUUUACUGGAUCAGUCAGAAAUUACUCGGUUAGUGUUUUGGUGUGUGUUAGCCGGUCACACAAAAAACGAGCGGUUGCAUCAGGGAAAAAAAAAUAAUAAAAAAAUAAAAAUAAAUAAAAAUAAAAAAGGAAAAGACGUAAUUAUUACUAAUUGUCAACAUUUAUCGGGUUAAUGACUGCUUUGUUAGUUUGGAUCCCAUUUUAUUCGAAACUUGACGACCACACCGUUUAAAAUUUGAAACCAGAAGGAAGGAAGGAAAAAAAAAAAAAAAAAAAAAAAAAAAAAAAAAAAAAAAAAAAAAAAAGAUUAUUAACCGAUAAGAGAAUCAAUGACGAUAAUAAAUAGAUUGGUAAUUAUAUUUUCGAUUUUGUUUGGAGAAGCAGCUCUUGGUGACGAACACUAUAAUCGGUACGACUUUCCUAAGGAUUUUAUAUUUGGUGCUAGUACCUCUGCUUAUCAGGUUGAGGGAGCAGCAUUGGAGGAUGGAAGGACGCGCAGCAUUUAUGAUACUUUUGCUCAUCAAAAGAGGCAUGGAAAGCAUGAUCCAGAUGUAACAUGUGAUCAAUACCAUAAAUACAAGGAUGAUGUUCAACUCAUGGUAGAGACUGGAUUGGAUGCCUACCGAUUUUCAAUCUCUUGGUCGAGAUUAAUUCCAAAUGGCAGAGGAGCUAUUAACCCGAAAGGUUUAAGAUACUACAACAACCUCAUCAAUGAACUUAUUAAUCAUGGAAUCGAGCCACAUGUUACUCUUUUGCACACAGAUUUACCUCAGGUCCUUGAGGAUGAGUAUGGAGGUUUCCUCAAUCGAAGGAUCAUAUUAGACUUCACAGCAUAUGCAGACAUUUGCUUCAGAGAAUUUGGUGAUAGGGUUCAGCAAUGGACAACUUUCAACGAGGCGAAUAUCUUCGUCUUUGGUGGCUAUGACGUAGGGAAUACACCUCCAGGAAGAUGUUCUCUCCCUUUCGGACAUUAUAAUUGUAGUAGAGGAGACUCGACGACUGAACCAUAUAUUGCUGCUCACCUUCUACUGUUGGCUCAUGGAUCUGCUGUUAGGUUGUAUAAGGAAAAGUACCAGGCCAAACAACUUGGAUUUGUUGGGAUGAAUCUCCUUUCCUACUAUUUGUCUCCUGCUACCAACACACGAGAAGAUGUAGAUGCUGCUCGAAGAUCCUAUGAUUUUCUUAUUGGCUGGUUUAUGCAUCCCUUGAAAUAUGGUGAUUAUCCUGAAAUAAUGAAGAAAAAUGCUGGCACCAAAUUGCCUACUUUCACAAAAGAAGAAUCAAAAUUAUUGAAGGGAUCAUUUGAUUUUAUUGGACUUAAUUACUAUAGUAUCAUGAUGGUCGCGGACAAUUCUAUGAACAGUUCCAUAAAUCCAAGACCAAGAGAUUAUUUUGGUGACAUGGAAGUGGAGUGGAUAUUUUUUGAUUUCAGUGCAUUGCCAGAAAAGUUUAUGUUUCCAAAUGAACCAUGGGGUUUAGAGCGAGUAUUAGAAUAUUACAAGGAUGUUUAUGAAAAUCCUCUUAUCUAUAUCCAUGAAAAUGGUCAAGUGGCAAAUUAUAAUACAUCUACAAAUGAUUCAUUUAGGGUUGAAUAUUUAGAAGCCCAUAUUGGGAGUUUGCUUAAUGCUAUGAGAAAUGGAUCAAAUACUAGAGGGUACUUUGUAUGGUCACUUAUGGAUGUAUAUGAACUAUUGUUCGACUUUGAUUAUACUUUCGGUAUAUACUAUGUUGAUUUUAAUGAUCCAAAUCUUACAAGACACCCUAAGUUGUCUCAAAGAUGGUAUUCUGAAUUUUUGAAGGGAGAAAGCACAAGUACGCAUGUAAAAAAUAAUUUAGUAGAAGAUACAACUAUCGAACAUCAAUUUAAUCGUUCUUCAUUUGGAGAAGAUGAGAACUUGAGAAAACACCCUCAACUCCGUCAACAAAUAAUGUCUUCUUAGGAAAUACUGUAUUUUAUGUACACUAGUCGUCCUCUUGCGCGCGGUAGUUCAGCAUGUUUUUGGUUUGGUUGUAUGAUUCUCGUUAUUUGUUGUGGUUUAGUUGUCACUUUUUUUUGCAUUAAUUGGUAAGUUUUCUCAUCAUUUGAACAAAUUAUUAAGGGUAAUACUAAUUUGUGAUUGUUAAUAAUAAGUAUGAAACUUUUAAA